AUGCCUACUCUCCCUUUAUUGUGCUUCAAUGAUGUCUAUCGUGUCUCCCAGAAAUAUAACGCUCAACCAGGAGCACCAGAAGAUAAAUCCGGUGGUCAACAUAUAAACGUCUCUCAAUUCGCACAAUUACUAUUCAACGAAAGAAGCAAAUGGCCUGAUAGGGACGCAAAGAUCAAAGCUGGUGAUGACAAGGGCAAAAGAAUCGAAAAAGAUGGAUUGGUCUUAUUUGCAGGAGACGUUUUUAACCCUUCUGUUGAAAGUAGUAUUUCAAGAGGGAGUCAUAUGGUCCCCCUCUUAAAUGAGUUAAAGCUGGAUGUAGCUUGUGUUGGGAAUCACGAUUUCGAUUUUGGUUAUCCCCACUUGACUAAGCUUAUUACAUCAACUAAAUUCCCAUGGUUACUAUCGAAUAUAAUAGAUGAGAAAACAGGUAAAGUACCUGAACCACUAAAUAGAUAUUGGAUAACGGAAAGAUGUGGGGUUAAGAUUGGUUUGAUCGGUUUAGUGGAGCAAGAUUGGAUAGCAACUAUACCAUCAUGGCCCAGGAAUUUCCAUUAUAGAUCAAUGAAAGAAGUUGGAUUGGAAUUAUCGAAAGAACUUCGUGAUCCGAAUGGACCCCACAAAGUCGAUAUCAUCAUCGCUCUUACACACUGUAGAGUCCCAAACGAUAUCAGACUAUGUAACGAGUUGGGCGCCGUGGCCGAUAAACCUGGUGUAGAGGAUGAACACGGAGUCGACCUGUUGAUUGGAGGACACGAUCAUAUAUAUUAUAUCGGAAAAGGUGCCAAAUCAUGGGGAGGUUAUUCAGGACGAAAAGAUGUCCCUGGAACAAUGGAAGAUCACGGUGUCAGACUGAUCAAAUCAGGAACAGAUUUCCGAGAUCUUACAUCUGCUCAACUCGAACUCACCCCUACAAAACCUGGAUCCAUCCGUCGACACCUGAUCACUUCCUUGACCGGUAAACAUCUAUACGUACUCCCAUCUUCACCUUCUUCUGAAUCUUUUGAUACAAUGGUCAAAUCUCUCUUGGCCUCGGUAUCAGAAGCGAUCCAAAAACCAGUUUGUUUCACGCUAGCUUCUUUUGAUGCUAGAUCUGAAAUUGUCAGAACACAAGAAGCGGGUUUGGGUAAUUGGAUCGCAGAUGUUUUGAUGCAUGCUUAUGCGGAAAGUUUACUCGAUAAAGAUAAAGAUAAAGAUAAAGAUAAAGAUAAGAAUGGAAAUGGAAAAGAAAAGGGAAAGGGAGAUGAAACAAGUGCCGAUGCAGUAAUUCUUUGUGGUGGAACUCUGAGAGGUGAUUCUCAGUACGGUCCUGGCAAGAUUACGUUAGGUGAUAUACUGGAAAUAUUGCCUUUCGAAGAUCCAGUAGUAUGCAUAGAAAUCGACGGAGCAGGAAUAUGGGAUUGUCUAGAAUCAGCAUUGUCCAAAUGGCCAGCUCAAGAAGGACGAUUUCCUAUAAUAUCUGGAUUAGUAGUUAAAUGGGAUCAUACUUUACCACCAAAUCAAAGGGUGAUCUCAAUCCAUCAACUGAAACGACCUGAUAAAGAGGAAGAUGACGACGAUGAAAUUGAGAACCCGCAAGAUUAUGUCGAUUUCAAAGAACAAGAAGAUGGGACUAGAGUAGUUGUCAAACAGAAAAAACUUGAAUUGGGCGAAGAAGUCAAAAGAGAUAAUUCGAGAUUAUACAGAGUGAUAACACGAGAAUAUAUGGCUGAAGGAUAUGACGGGUUCGAGUCCUUAAAGAAUCGAAGAUUCAUCAUAGAUGAUGAGAAUGGUCAAAUUAUGAGCAGCAUAUUGCGAUCGUUCCUCCUGGGCUCAUCGUACAUAUUUAGACAUAAACAACUUGAAUCAGCAGCAGAAGCGCAUUUGUCCGCUAGAACAGAUAAAGUAUUAUCAAAAGCUAGAGCUCAACAUCAACAUUCACCUUCAUCAUCUUUAUCCUCUUCGCCUCAAUCUCAAACUCACAAAGGGCUGUUCUCACCCAAUAGCUCAAUGAGAGAUGGUGUACUAAGUCCCGUCUCUGAACGAUCAACCAGUUCAGCUUGGGGCCAAUUAAGAAGACAUGUUGUCCAGCAUGAUUGGUCUACCAUAAGAGAUGCCUUGCAUAUAGCUAAGAAUGAACAUAUGAGUAGUGUAGACGAAGUGGCUGGUCAAGCAAUGCGUCAACAAAAACAACAUAUUCCAGGAGAAUGGGAUUCGGAGAAAUCAGAAUCAACUACUCCAAUCAUAGAGAAAGAGAAGAAAGAAUUGGAUAAAUUGAGUGACGAUUUGGCCAUUGUUUGUCCGUUAAUCGAUGGAAGACUGAAAGACGUCAGUGAAGGAAAACCUUAG